GCGACGUUUCCAGUGGGCUCGUCCCCGUAUUUCUGCUGGUUGAUUUGCUGACUGGACUCCCGGCGUCAUGGCUUCCUCCGGGGUGGCUGCUGGUCGACAGACCGAGGAUGCGUUACCGCCGCCGUCCGAGCCGCCGCUGCCCGAGACCAAGCCGCUGCCGCCUCCUCAGCCGCCACCGCCGGUCGCUGCGCCUCAGCCGCAGCAGUCCCCGGCCCCGCGGCCUCAGUCACCCGCCCGCGUGAAGGAGGAGGAAAACUACUCCUUUUUACCUUUGGUUCACAAUAUCAUCAAAUGCAUGGACAAGGACAGCCCGGAUGUCCACCAGGACCUGAACGCCCUCAAAACCAAGUUCCAGGAGAUGCGGAAGCUCAUCAGCACCAUGCCUGGCAUCCACCUGAGCCCUGAGCAGCAGCAGCAACAGCUGCAUAGCCUUCGGGAGCAAGUCAGGACCAAGAAUGAACUUCUGCAGAAGUACAAGAGUCUCUGCAUGUUUGAAAUCCCCAAGGAGUAGAAUGAAACCGACUUCCAGGAAUGCCGCACUAGGAAGGAGGAAAGCAAGUGGCCUGUUUCCCCGCCAUACUCUUGAAGCUCAGUCCCUUCAGACCCCAGCUCUGAACUGUGUAGCCAAGUGGGGCUGUUGUACUGCUCCAAGAACUGAGUUUGGCACUGACUAUGUGGGGAGCCAGCAUGCGAGCUUGGCUUUGCUGGGGCUUCCUUGUAUGUAUAUAUGUCUAGAUGCAAAAUAACUUGAGUGCCUGCUGGUGGAAGUAAGAAUAUUCCUGCAGGCUUGGGGGGUGGGGAGGACUCCCCUGCCUCUGAGGAGGGGGCCAUCUGCUGUGUGUUGGACCCCACUGGCAGAUCUGAAGACACAGCAGGGAGAGAGGGGGCUCCUUUCUUCUUUUCCUCCUGCUCCUCUCCACUCACCCCUUAGGAUCAGUGUGUAUCAGGUACAUAUUGUUCUUCUUGACAGCAGUUUCAUGACAUGUUUGCAUAUGGCAUGGAUUUAAUGUGCUAAAAAAAAGGCUGUGAGAGAAUGAACAUUGUUUUGAAAGGCCAGAGGGAGGCUUUUUCCUCCAAAACAGUUUUGGUUCCAUUUAUGGUUGAGCCAGUGAACAGAACAGUAUCUGUGGGCGUGUCAGCCCAGAGCCCUGCCAGGCAGCCCUUGUCUCCAAGUUCUCUGCUUCCUACGUGUUCUCCUUACAUUUAGCUCUUGCUCCCUUUGUCUUCUGUCACCUUCAGUUAGUGCCCCAGAAUGGCCAAGACACUUCACACCCUCAUUGCUUCCCCAGAUUAGAGAGGUGCUGUCCUUUCUAUGCAGGCUCAAACAGGUUUUCAGGCGAGCAGAUCUUCUGGCAUUUCAGAUUCACAUUGCUCUGGUUUAAAAAAUUAUCUCCCCCUCUGGCCUUCUCACUGAAGAAUCGACAACAUUUACUGCACUGCAAACAAAGGGGUUCACGAUGCACCUUUUGUUCAGAGGACGGCAGCUUGAGUGGUCCCUCAGCGAGGGUUAGCUGGUCCUAGAAGUUGUGCAUCCAGGUUCUAGUUCUUAAAUGUUUAUGAGCAACCCUCAUUUUCCCCAGCACCACUGAUUUCUUCCAGAUGGGACAUUUUAUGUGUGUACUCUUGCCUGGGCCGUCAAAUGAGGUCAGAGCGGUUCUCUCCCCUGCCUCUUACGGAUGAGGUGAGAAGUAACUGAAUAUUGUUUGGAUUUAGAAAUGGGCACAUAACCUGUGCUGACCAGUUCAGGGACUUAGCAGAUGCCUGCCAGCUGACCUCGUUGGCAGAAGUAGUGGUUGGAGGUGUUUUGUAGGGGUUCCAGUAGUGUUGGCCUGCAGCCACCUGUCAGAAGAUGGCUGGCAUGUUGGAAACCUAGGGGUGUGUGAAGGAGGAUAUUGGAUUUCAGUGGCUUUGGACAGAAAGGCAGGUUCUGAAUUUAAGCUGCAGUUGCCUAUUAGACCUGUUCUACAUUGGGAAUGUUAUUUAACUGAAUCAGUUAUUUUCUUGGAAUUUCAGUGUAGUGGCUGGGCUGGUUUUAAGUCUCUGACCAAAUACCAUGAAACACAAAGCACAUAAAAAUAUAACACUAUCAGGGUCUUUCUGCAAGGCUGAGAUGGAGGGCUCCUCACAGGGGCGGAGGGGGAUAAGCCUUCCCUUCAUUCCAGAGUUUUGACUUGUGACCUUUUCAAAUGUGUGAUUGAAAGAAUUUACAUCUGCUCUAGACAUGGUUCUUGUACUGAGAAAUUCAUAGCAGGAUGUCUCUUGGAUAGUUGAGAGGAAAAUGUUGACUUAGACACAGAAUGAGGUUGUAAGAA